AUGGCGCGCACGGAGAAGAGAUCAGACAUCAUUGAGCUUGCAAAGACGCUCAGCAACACACCAUGGUGCGAUGACUACGAGAAGAUGAUAUCCGGAAUGUUUUACGACUCAUUCGUACCUGAGCUCGUCGAAGGUCGACUACGCGCUCGGAAACUCGUCAAGAAGUACAACGAGUACCUCCCUGACGAUGCAACCGAUGAAUCGCUGAAUAGAGACCGUGAGAUUAUGCUGAAGGAGUUCAUCGGGCAUGUUGGUCAAGGAGUCUGCAUUGACCCUCCUUUUCGAGUUGAUUACGGGUGCAAUAUAAUCAUUGGCGACGCCUUCUAUGCAAACUUCAAUAUGGUGAUUCUCGAUUGCGCAAUUGUGAAAAUUGGUGAUCGCGUCAAAUUCGGACCAGACGUGAGUGUCUUUGCAGCGACGCACCCGACGGAAGUGCGGGCGAGAAGAGUGACUCCAGACUACUCGAAAGAAGUGACAAUUGGAAAUGAUUGUUGGAUUGGAGGUCACACUGUGAUCAUGCCGGGUGUCACUAUAGGUGAUGGGGUGACCAUUGGGGCCAGCUCGGUAGUAACGAGAGACAUUCCAAGCUAUUCCAUAGCCGUUGGGUCGCCAGCAAGAGUAAUCAAGAGAGUAGAAUCUGUCAAUAUGUGA